UUGAUGAAUUCGUGAUAAGAACUACUGUAUGUGACUUAUGAACAUUGAUGAAUGGUAAGAAGCAUAGUACUAAGUAUACUGUUACUAUUUGUUUCUAAUCCAAAUGUUAUUUUUCAGGUGAUGAUGUGCCAUCUGCGUCUUCUACUCCCACACAUGAUGAAGAUGGAAAUCCCCGAAAGAAGCAGCGUAGAAUAGAUGAUGUUAUGCGGAAGCAGGCCGAGGAAGCUUACCGUAAAUUGCUGCAGACGGCGUACAUCAUGGCGUGUGAUGGCCUACCCUUGAGUCAUUUCACAACUUUGGUCAAAGUUCAGCGGGCCAGUGGUGUUAACCUUAUUCAAGGUUGUGAUGACUCAAAUAAAGCACGUGAAUUUGUAAGUUUCUUAGCUGAUGGUAUUCGCGACAAGCUGGCUCUGAUUAUGGCAUCUGCUACUGCAUACUCCACCCUGACAGAUGGGAGUAUGGCCCGAAAAACAAGCUCGGAAAAGGAACUUGUUUUUGUGAGAUUGGUCAGAGGGGGAAUUCCCCUGUACUACUGUGUGGCUUUGCAAGAUUUGUCUGAAUAUGGGGACUCAACAGCAGAAAACAUUAAAAAGGCCAUUGAUGAUGCCUUCAUUCACAAACUGAACAUUCCCGAGGCCUCUUAUGUCAACUGCAUGUCAGCUUCCACUGCCGAUGGAGCAGCAGUGAAUACCGGUGUGUACAAUGGUGUUCUUACCAGAUUGUCUGAAGAGAGAGGGUGGUUAAUAACCAUUCACUGCGUGCUUCACAGGUUGGAACUGUCCAUGAAGGAUGUUCUGAAGCAGCAAAAGAAAUUUGUAGAGGUGAAUGAUUUCAUGAUCACCUUAUUCUAUCUCUUCAAACAAUCUGGGAAAAUCAAGAGAUCUUUUGAGGACACCGCUAAGGCUUUGGGGCUGCAAGUUUACAAAUUUCCUAAGGUACAUGGCACUCGUUUUGUCAGCCAUCAGCGAAGGGGUUUAGACAGACUACUGAAAAACUGGAUUGUUCUUGGGCAGACAUGCGAGAACAUGAUAGCCACGGGUGAAGUGACACGCAAUUACACCUAUAGCCCUAAACUAAAGGGUGUCCUCAAAAGACUUCAAGAUUGUGAAUUUCUUGCUGUAGCUGUUCUGUACAAGGAAGUGCUCGAUAUUGUUAGCAAGCUUUCAUUAAAGCUUCAGAUGAGUAACUUGAUGGUUUUUGAUGUUCAAUCAGAAAUAGAACGGGGCAUUUCUUCCCUAGAUACCCUCACUGAGUCUCUUUCAGGUGAUGCUCUCGUUGCCUUGGGUCUUAAUGAUCUUCUGCUAUACUCCAGCUCAAAUUUCUCAUUGAUUGAAGAGUGGGACGCGCCCGCUCAGGACAUCGCUGUAGAAACAGGCGGGCGUACGCGACCGGUGAGAGAGGCGACAUUAGUAGCCCCACGGGCCGCAAGCCCGAUAGAAACGGGUAAUAGGGAUGCUUGUUCCCAGUGGGAUGACGAAGACCAGGUGCCUCUAGCGCGUUUACGUUCUCUUCCAGAACAGCAUGAUGACGAAUUGGUGGACAACCGCGCUGAUGGCGGCGGUGCUGAUGCUCCCGAUCGCUACGAGAGCCAGUAA